UCAGAGAGGACGAUGCUUAUUUGGUAAAGACAUCAGAACACUUCCUCGGAGUAUUUGGAGAGGAGAAAACGCGCUGCUUACAACUUUUACGCACCGUGCCGCUGCGGGACGUUUAUUUGCUUGACUGUGGAAAACUCUAACUGGACAGCAUCCAGCAUGAAUAAUGGAUCCAACCGAACUGUUCAUCCCAGCUGCACCGGCAAGCCACCUUUUGCAAUCGACAUCAUCAACCAAUUGGACAUUUUUGGCAUCAUCUUGUACUCCAUCCUCACCUUCAUGGCGUCCGUUUCCCUCCUGGUCUUCAUCGAGGAAUGUGUAUACAUCUACAGAAAAGUGCCCGCCAAUAAGAAGAGUUUAAUCAUCUGGGUGAACGGGGCAGCACCGGUAAUUGGCACCAUGUCGUGUUUGGGGAUGUGGAUUCCUAAAGCCAUCAUGUUUACUGAUAUGACCUCUGCCUGCUACUUUGCCGUCGUGGUGUUCAAGUUCCUGAUCAUGAUGAUGGAGGAGAUAGGCGGGGAUGAGGGCUUCAUGAGGCGAGCGGGGAAGCAUAGGCUGAAGAUCAGCACGGGCCCUUGUUGCUGUUGCUGUCUGUGUCUCCCAUACGUCACCAUCACACGACGCAUUCUGUUCCUGCUCAAACUUGGCUCCUUCCAGUUCGCCCUCAUGAAGAUUGUCUUCACCAUCCUUUCCAUUGUCCUGUGGACCAAUGGAAACUUUGACCUGAGUGACUUGACCAUCAAUGGAGCUGCGAUAUGGAUCAACCCUUUUGUGGGCAUCUUGACAAUCAUAGCCCUGUGGCCUGUAGCGAUCACGUUCAUGCAUCUAAGGAUAACCCUGCGAACACUUAAAAUCAUUCCCAAAUACGCCAUGUAUCAGCUGGUGCUGAUCCUGAGCCAGCUGCAGUCAGCCAUCAUCAAUAUUUUGGCCUUAAAUGGAACCAUUGCUUGCACCCCACCUUUCUCCUCUGCAGUCAGAGGAUACAUGAUAAGCCAGCAGCUGCUCAUCCUGGAGAUGUUCAUCAUCACGCUGGCCACACGGCUGCUGUAUCGACGACAGUACGAUCCGUUACCCAACGAAGAACAGGACGAUAAUGAGAACACCAAGAUGGUCGCGAUAGCGAACUCUGCAUGAGAACUGAAUUUGUUUGUGUGAGUGUGUUUGCGUGGUAAAGUGUGUCAAUCUUAUUACAGCUACAGGUAUAUCAUUAUGAGAUUGAUUAAAUUAAUAUGAAUGAAUAUGUGUGAAUGAACUUUGUGCUUGUACUUUAGACUGAUGGGACACUCGGGUCACUUUUUUCAACAUAUUUCAACAAAAAACUGAUCUUCUUCGAAAGAAGUGUCUGCAGAUAUAUGUGGCAUACUUGAACAUCUCUUAAAAAAAAAAUACAAGAGCUGCUUGGCUGGGACCGUUCUGCUUGCAUGUUCUGCCUGUGUGAAUUCACUCUGGCUGUUUCCGCCCAGAAUCCCAUAAAUGUACAUGUUGGAUGGAGAUGUGAACAUACUUGUUUGUCCAACCAUGCAACCUCUACAAGUUGGACCCUGCAUUUUCUCACUGUCUGCAAGGAGAAACUUCAGCCUUCUGCGUCCAUUUACAAGAUAGCAGAUGGAUGCUUGUUUUGAAGAGGAUCAAUGUGAGAGGAUUGAUUUAUUUUUUUAACUGGUAUCCACUUAUAAUCACUUUGUCUUCUUUGCUUUUACCAAAAAAGCCAUUAUGCACAAACUUUUACGAUUCACAGAUCCAAUUUUUUCCUCUUAAUUCCCCAGGAAAUAUGUAAUUUGUUCUGCAUGAACAGCUUUUUGGUCAUGAAGGAAACUUGCAACUAUAAAGACAGAUACCGUUAUAAAGACAGAUGCACCAUAAAAGUGAAUUAUACACAGGAAAAUUAUUGUCAUUGUCCAUGGAAAUGAUUGUAUUUUUGUAUUUUAUGUUGUUUGCUUUGGUUUUUUAAAAGGGUUUUGCUACACAAACAAAAAAAGAAGCAGCAAAGCACUAAAUGAAAAACUUGCUCGUCCAACAAAAUCCCAGAUUUUCACAUGUGAAUACUUGUCCAGCACCCAUCAUGAUAAACAUGAGGUUUCCACAAUGCUGCUCAAAUAAAACAUCACAAAAGUGCACAAACAUAACAAAUCUCUACCAUAAUUACAAAAGUAAUUGUCUUAAAACACUAGAUGAAAAGCAAAGUUCAGAAAUAAAUUGAUACUUUAGUUAGUAUUGAAUGUAAACACUUUUAAAACUGAAUGUUUCUUUAUUUGUUCUUUUUUUUUUAAAUACAUUUUUGCACCAUGUACCUGUGUUUUCCAUACAUGAUGACUUAUAUGCUUUUAUGUCAAUUAUGUGAACCCCAAAAAUAAAGCUUUACGUGUCUGAA